GUGGAACCUCCCCGAGGUAAACAGCCAAGUCAUGUUUGAUAUCAUCGCCUCAUGUCCUAAUACUCAGAUUCUGUUUGUGGACCGCGGUGAUGGCGGUGGAAGUCCGGGAACGAUUUUCAGCGAUCAACUUCAGGAAUUACAGAUCAUGCUCUGUGCCUGUACCCGUAUCAAGUCACUUCAUUACUCCGCCGCGACUGGCCGGCCGACUGGUGGCUAUCAGAGCAGAAUAGAAGUGGCUGAUCCGCAAGAAACGCUAUCUGAUUGGAUUUCGAAUCAAACUCAUAUCAAGCAAUCAUUGAAACAGCUCCACUGUCUGGGCCUGGAUAGCCCAUCAGGUUGGCUCCUGGGAUGUCUUUCCCAAUAUCUUUCCUCUAACUUGACAUCUCUUCAUCUCGGCGAGGGAAGUUUCUAUACCCUCAGUCGCACCCCACUCUUUGAUAUAUCGCAACACUGCCGGAAGCUCAAGGUUCUUGUCGUGAAAUACAGUCUUGUCACCACUCACGAUCUGGAGAAAGCCUGUCAAGUGUGGGCAAGCACACUGGAAACACUAAAAGUUAGCUUAGUAGCAGAGACUAGGGAUUGGGUCUCGCAACUCAUACCCCAUCUGGAAAAACUAAAAGUGCUGCAUUUGGGUAUAGAAUGCUAUGUCCCCGUUGAUGGUGUCAACGGCAUUGCCAAGGCGGAGUCACCAUUUGAAGAGAUAAUUAUAGGAGAUAUGGGGGCCUGUGCGAAACUGACCCUGAUUAUCAGAUAGCAUCAGAUUCCGCGAACGAGGCUCUUGCCAAGAUGAUCGAAGGACACUCGUCUACCCUGCGCCUUCUCCAUAUACAUCUUCAUAUCGGAGAGAUUGUAAUGCAGAGCUGCAAGAAAGCGAAAGGUUUGAGAUACUUAAACGUAUCAUUCGCGUAUGAGCCUCAGCCUUCAAAUAUCGACGGACUGUUAGACGCAUGCCCCCAGUUGAAUUAUUUCUCAAGAGGAUUCAACAAAUAUUCAGAUCGAUGGAGUGAGUGGGAAAACCGAAGACCUUUCACGAUGGAAAGGCGACCAUCACAAGAGGUGCUUAUAGAUG